AUGAAAUAUUCAUUUGUUCAAUUGAUAGAUUUACCUGUUGAAAUACUUAUGAUUAUUUUCAAGAAAUUAAAUAAUGAUGAAGUACUUUAUUCUUUAAAGGAUAUUAAUAUGCGAUUAGAUCAAAUUAUCGGUGAUCCUAUUUUUACUAAUGAAAUUUCAUUAAUAAAAUAUAAUUCAUUAGCUGAUCUUACAUCUGCACUACCUGAUAUAGUGCUUAAUCGAUUCUAUUUCCAAAUCUUGCCUAAAAUUUGUCAUAAAAUCAAAUGUUUUACUCUCGAAACAUUAUCUAUCGAACGUAUUUGUUAG